AUGUUCACCAAGAUCGUAUUUUUCUUGUGCGCUGCGGGUAUCGCCUCUGCUGGCAACCUGCUACAUGCUGCGGCCCCGCUGGCUUAUAGCGCGCCCGUCGCGUACAGCUCGGCACCAGCUGUCUCCUCUGUGUCGUUCUCCAGCCAUACGGCACACGCUCCCGUCGCCACAUACGCUGCCGCCCCCGUCUACGCCAAGACCUAUGCUGGGCCUGCUGUCACCACCUACGCCUCCGCUCCCGUUGUAACGAAAACUUAUGCCGCACCUGCUCUCACGACUUACGCCUCGACCCCUGUCUUGACCAAGUCUUACAGCCCGGCUGUCUCCUACCAGUCCAUCUCUUCUCACUCUGCUCCCGUUGCCUACGCUAAAACCAUUGCCGCGCCGGCUCUUACUUCAUACUCUGCUGGCCCAGUGUACAGCAAAUCUAUAGGUCCCGCUGUAUCUUACUCAUCCAUCUCCCACUCGGCUCCUUUGACAUACGCCGCGGCUGCUCCCGUAGUCACCAAGACCUACGCUGCUCCAGCCAUCGCCUCAUACUCCGCUCCAGUAGUCGCUAAGGCCAUCGGCCCCGCUGUAUCCUACUCAUCCAUCGCUCAUUCAGCACCUAUUACGUACGCCGCUAGCCCUGUUAUCACCAAGACCGUUUCAGCUCCCGCGUACACAUCAUACGCCGCUGCUCCCGCAUACGCAUCAUACGGCGCUGCUCCCGUCCUGAAGUCAGCUGUCACAUAUUCAGCUGCACCCGCCGUUUCCCACGUUACUUACUCAGGUCUCGGUGUCAACUACGGCUGGUAA